CAGCAGUCCAUUUAUUAAUUUGCAGUCAGGGCUCACUGAUUCACUUCCUCAGCCAUGGCAUCGACGACAGAAAACACAACCGCGUCCCAGAAACCGCGCAUCACCGUCCGGAGAGCAACGCCGGCCGACGCGCAAGACCUCGCCUCGAUCCAUUUCGACGCGUUUGGUCCCGAUGUCAUGGACCGUCUGAUGUACCCGGGCGGCGUCACAGACAGCGCGCGGUCUCAAUUCUGCAAGGACCUCUUCACCCUGCCAUACGAUAUUAACAGCAACAAAGACGAGAAGCCCGCCUCGGCUACAGGAGCAGCAGCAACAACAACAACAACAUCCUCACCAGCCGCCGAGAACAUUGUCAUGCUGGCUGAGCUGCAUCAUCCCGAAGACGGGGAGGGGGCCGCCAACCCCAACCCAGAGAUUGUUGCUUUUGCCAAGUGGGAGCUGAUCAAGGAGCCGCUCCCGGAGGAGAAGUGGAACGUCGUCAAGGAGUACACUUCUGAGAUGCUGGGCGAAGGUGUGAAUGUGGGCGUUUACACGGCCUUCAUCGGGGACCUGCAGCGGCUGCGGAGGAAGCAUUUGAAGGGGGACCCGCUCCUGCACCUGGACAUCCUCGCCUGCAGGACUGGACGCCAGCGCCUCGGGGCCGGAACCGCCCUGCUCAACUGGGGUAAUGAGCUCGCCGACAGGGAAGGCAAGAUGCACUGGCUGGAUGCAUCCCCAAAGGGUUAUGCUCUCUACAAGCGAUUAGGCUUCGAGGACGUCGACGUGCAGGAUCUCAACAUCACUGAGCUCUGGGGUGUGACGAGGGCGGAGGGCGAGGACUGGGGCGCCGGCUCGGCGGUGGUGCUGGCUGGCCCACUCGCUGAUGGGUGUCAUAGGGCGACGAUGAUGAAAAGGUUUCCCAAGAAACGCUGAAUGAAUGAAUGACUUGCCUGCGCAUAUCUUAGCAGCACUCUGCAGCACAUGACCACUUUCACAUGUCAGUCAAUGCCUGCUACCUUGCUACCGGCAGCUGGCAUUGGCCAGAGCCAAAUGCGCCUACCAGAGUAUGGGUACAAAUGUUGGGCUGAUUGACCUACCAAGAGCCAGCCAGCUAUCUACUACUAUGGUACCAGUCAUGCAUUAGUGUGAGCAAUUUCGUCAGUGUCUCGUGGAAGUAUUGGUCUGUCUAGUGAUGUAUCCAAAAAUAUCCACAGCAAAGCACGGCAGUCAGUCCUAUGCGUCGUGGGGGAUUAGCACUAUAGUAGUCUUUAAAUAAUUAUCUUAAAGUGUAAUUGAUAGUGGCCCAGAACCAGCG